UCGUGAUCGUUCGAGUCUUUAAAAGACGAAGAUGCGUUUCACAAUCUCGCGACAUGAAGACCUCGGACAGGCUGGCUUUACUUCAACAAAAUUAUCUUCCUCCCACGUUCGCUUCUUCUUGCCAAAUUCCACGAAAUGAUUCCAAUUAUUGACUUGCUUUUAUUGAGCAAUCGUUGAGAAUCCGAAAAUCCGAGAAUCAAAUACAAAUGGAUAAGUAUGAAAUGUUAGAAGUCGUAGGAGAAGGAAGUUACGGCGUGGUGAUCAAAUGUAAGCACUAUGAGAGCGGACAGUUCGUAGCUAUCAAACGAUUCCUCGAGACCGAGGAAGAUCAUCGGGUGCGGAAAAUGGCAUUCCGAGAGAUCAGAAUGCUAAAGAAACUGCAUCACGAGAAUCUAGUAAAUAUGAUCGAAGUGUUCCGUCAAAGGAAGCGAUUCUACCUCGUGUUCGAGUACUUAGAUCACACUUUGCUGGAGGAGAUGGAAGGCGCGGGAAACGGUUUAGGAUGGGAGGUGUCCAAACAGCACGUCUGUCAAGUACUUCGCGGCUUAGAUUUUUGUCACAAUAACAAUAUAAUGCAUCGCGAUAUCAAGCCAGAAAAUAUUCUCGUAUCACCGAACGGAGUGAUCAAGCUUUGCGAUUUCGGGUUCGCGCGUUUCGUAAAUAGCCCGAACGAGUCUUGUACGGAUUACGUAGCCACAAGAUGGUACCGCGCACCGGAACUACUCGUUGGUGAUCCCAGAUACGGCAAAGCGGUUGACGUUUGGGCAGUCGGCUGCCUGUUCGCGGAAAUGAUGAUUGGCGAUCCUCUCUUCCCUGGCGAGAGCGACGUCGAUCAGCUCUACCGAAUAACGAAACUGCUCGGCGGUCUCUGUACGAAACAUCAGGUGAUAAUGGGUCGUAGCAGACCUGGUCGAAUGUUACGACACGCGAGUGCGGACGAGCUCGUGGGACCACCUAAGCCCGGUGUCACGUCCAUUCGUAAAUUGUUCCCUACGUGGGAUCUUCUGACGAUCGAUUUUCUGGCCCAGUGCCUCCACAUGGAUCCUGAUUUGCGGCCGAAAUGUCAAACGCUUCUGCAUCAUCCGUUUUUCACGCAAAACAAGUUUCUCGACACAUUCUUAAUACAACUGGAGAAGACGCUCAUCGAGGAGUCCAUCUUGAACCCUCUGAUGAACAAGAAGCUCAGAGAAAAGAACUCAAAAGCUGAAAAAGAGAAUCCAGUCGAAUCGGAAAUAAAAUUAUUUACCAAUAGCGAACUUAGGUGGAAUAUGCACCUUACGAAAGAUGCCGCGAUACAGCCUAUCGUGAAACUGGAUUCAAUUAAAUCAGAUGAAAACCAACGUGUCCCAUCAAUGAUCCCUGCUGUUCGCAUUCGGAAACUUUGUUACUUCGAUCCUAUUUCUUGUAUACCGUAUAAGAAUCUUCCUUUCGUUAUGUAAAGCAUAAGAAAUU